AAUCAGCUGUUCGUUUGUUUACGAUUUGCCUCGUUACUUUACAUAACAAAUUUAACAAUUUACCAAAUAAACAGUGUUUGCUAAACGAUGGCGCUGUUUGAGAUGAAGUGGCUGCGCCGCUGGGUGCGACGCAACACGAAUCCCAUUCCGGAGCAUCGCGCAGAGUUGUGGAAACGGCGUUUGAGCAUCGGAUACGCCGUAUUGGCCUGGCAGGCUUUCGGCUUCGUUUGCUACAUGGUCUACACCGGCCGAAACGAUUGGGCCAAGUUCUACGGCUACAAGACGGAGGAGGAACUGGCCCUGUCGCCGGCCCAGCAGUUUGCCAGGCAUCUAAAAGUGGAGGGUAAAGGAAAGAUCAUCCGGAUCUCGGGAUUCCAGAAAGUUGAGGAGGUGCCCUUCGACUCCAGCGAAGUGGAGCGUGUCAAGGAAUAACCGGAAUCUUGUCUAGUCUUAGCAAAACAUCCUUCUUUUUUUUUGACCAAUUAAAGCCUAUGAAUAAGACUCUUGAUGGA